GAAUCUCGUAUCUACCACCAUCUCGGCGAACACAAGCACAUAGCAAGAUGUCUGCAGUGCUGCGAGGAGUACAUUGAUCUGCGUUAUGAGCCGCAUGGGGACUUGCAGACGUUUUUGAAGAGGGGGGGAGGUACUGGGAAGGUGGAUGAUAGGUUUCGGUAUGGGGUUGCGAGGCAGGCGAUUGAGGCGGUUUCGUUUAUUCACCAGAAGGAUAUUAUCCAUUCGGAUCUGUCAGCAAGACAAUUCCUCGUCGAUGAAAAGGAAAACAUCCGACUAAGUGAUUUUGGGGGGUCGUCGUUGCAUGGCUCCGGUGCUAUGGUUAUUGAGGGGGCUACGCAUUAUAUGCCUCGGGGUGAGGAGGAGCCGAAUAGUGUGCAGAGUGAUAUAUUUGCGCUUGGGUCGACGCUCUAUGAGAUACUAGUUGGGAGAAUGCCAUACGAGGAGAAGGGGGAUGAUGAGAUUAGGAAGCUUUAUUCAGAAAGAGUAUUUCCGUUGGAUGAGAUUGGACAUGAGGGGUGGAGGGAGGCUGUGAGGAAGUGUUGGAUGGGGGAGUAUAAGUCUGCGGAGGAUGUG